GGCUGGGCUGGGCCGGGCCUCGUUGCCGCUGCAGCAGCGGGAGCCUCGCGUUACCUGGCCGGCAGGCAGCCGCCCCUCUGCGCGCCGGGCGGGCUCGCUCCUCCUUGUGCCGCCGCGCGGGAGGAGGCAGCCGCUGCUCCCCUGCUCCUCCUCGGGCAUCCGGGGCGACGAGGGGGCCGGCCUGGCUGCAGCCGCGGGGGCGCUGCUGGCUUUAGCGCGCGGCGGCGGCGGCGGCUUAAUGAUUGACAGGCGCGAAAGGUCAGGCGGCCGCGGCGAUGCCCAGCCAGAGGACUGCAGCGCAGCGCAGCGCAGCCAGUGCCGCCGCCGACGGAGAGCCAAGCCCGGCGGGAACAGCCUGGCGAAACAUGGGUACAGCUGAAGGGUGGCAAAUCUUCUAACCAAAUUGCCAAGGGUGGAGAUGAGAGAGAGAGAGAGAGAGAGAGAGAGAGAUACUUGUUUGGGCUUUCCAUCUCUGGUACUGAACGAUUUGUGGACAGUUUUGUGUCUUCCUUCAGGAAACAUUUUUCAGUGACAACUUUCUACAUUGAUUUGUCUGGCAGGAUUAAAGGUUGCUUGGAGCUCGCUCUGUGAAUGGUGCGUCACGUAGCACUGAUGGUUUCCUGGGCGAUCUGCAAACUCCCAGAGAGGCCCGACGCAUCCUCUGCCAAGGACUGAGGCAAUCGCAAGGCUCUGGGAUGCAGGGAGUUUGCUCACGUGGGGAUGAUCUCCCCCUGGAUCCUCCUCGGGACAAUUGCAGAUGCUCUCGGCUCGUCGGCCCUUUUGUGGAGCAGCUGGUGCCGCCAGGAGUGGCUGUUUGUAACCUGUGCACAAAGUCCGUGGAGAAGCAGAUCAGGGAGGAGCAGGUGUGGCGGCGGCAGGAGACCUUCCAAGACUGGCUCUUCCGUUUCCAGGACUGGCUCUCUGCUGCCGAGGCAACCGCGGCCUCCCCCGAGUCCUCACAGGUCUCCUUUGCCCAUUCCAAGAAAGAGCUGCAGAGGUUUGAGGCGCUCCAGAGGCAGGUCUGGGAGCAUCUGUGGCCUCUGGAGUCCUUGAGCCGGCAACUCCGUCAGCUGGCCAGGAGUGGCAGCGCCCUCGGCCCACAGCUCAGAUCCGCAGUCCAGGAAAUCAACCAGCGCUGGGAUGACCUGCGCACCCGGACAGCGGCCAUUUACAAGAGGCUGAAGCAUUUUGUGAGCCAACAGGAAGAGUUUGAAUUGGAGACCGAGACCAUCCGGGUAUGGCUGAUGGAACUGGAUCUCCGACUCACAGGCGUGGAGCACUUCUCGGGAGGCACCUUGCUGGAGAAAAUGAUGCAGCUACAGGAGUUCAAGCAAGACGUGCAAGCCAAUGCCGAGCGUGUGGACCGGUUGCUGGUGCAUGGGGAACGCUUGAUCCAGAAGAGCCAGCCUGAGGAUGCCGAGAUGCUGGAGGAAGAGCUGCAGGACUUGAGCUGCGUCUGCCAGGAGGUUUUCCACAGGGUGUUCCGCUUCCACUGGCGCCUGGGAAGCAUCUGGCUGGUGCUUGAGAGCAAGUGGUGGUCGGAUCAAGAGAGUGACUUGGAGUCAGACUGCUUCACGGAAGACUCCCUGGAGCUGGUGGAGAACCAUGAAAUGGGACUGCCUUUGCCCCCUAAUGGCCCAAGGUGCCAACCCACCCCGAAGACGGCUCUUCUCCGUUGCAAGCGACAGGCUCCCAAUUUAGUGGGAGUUGUGGAUCUGGAAUGGGACCCUUCGGUGGACGUAGGAGGAUCCACUUCGCACGAUGAGGAGGAUUCCUCGUACUACAGCGCCAUCACAGGUUUGGGCCACUGGGAGGAGCCUAGCCAGAGGUGCAGACGGUCCUCUCGGCAGGUGUGCCGUUCUUUGACUCUGAGAUGUGGCAGCCAAGAAGACUCAUUUGUGCAAAAUGACUUCCAAGAGGGGUGGGAAGGCUUUUUAACCAACAAGGAAAUGCAGCUCUGUCAUUCUGGCAAGUCCCUGCCAAGGGAGCGAGAUGGGGACCAACAUCCACAGACUCUGCCACGGCGGAAGGGGAGUUGCCACCCAACAGAGCCGCUGGGGUUUGACCCCCAACGUGUUGAGAGCUGGCUGGGCCAGGCCUGGCAGGAGAAGCCGGAGGUGCAGGGCACUCCCGCAGCACAUGGGUGCGUGCCCUUCCCUUCGCAAUCCCAAAGAACCGGGCGGCGGCGGGUCAAGCGGCAGCAGAAGCCCCAGCAGCAGCCAAAGAGGAAAACCAAACUGACCUUCAUUGGCCAGCCCGGGCAGAUCUGCAGGAGGAAACAGCUGGAUCCCCACUCGCCAGAUGUGGCUAUUGAGAAGGACUCCGAGCCAGCAUUGCAGCCUUUGGACUUCUCUCCCCAGCACCAGGAGCUCCCCAGAACUCCCAUCCUGCUGAACAGAGCCGUGCGCUGGUGCUUGCUGCUUCUCCUCCUAUGGGCCAGCACCUCCUUCCUGCCCCUCUCUUCCUGUCUCCGGACCAAUGGCUAUGCCAGGUCUUUCCACUUCAUGCUCAAGUACAUCAAUGGGCCACCCCCCACCUAGCAGGAGAGCUGGGGCAGGGGACUCUUUUAUCAUGGCGAAUCCUGGCAGAGAAGAAAGCUGGUCUACGGAAGCUGGGGUUUCCUCUCGAAGUCACAACUCCAGGAAGAUAAAUUCUUGCAUUUUCUCAGAGAUGAUGUGCCCCAGCAUCUGGUGCACAAAUAUUUCCUGCCUCUGAACUCAAGAGGUACCAUUCCUGGCUCUCAAGUCUAACGGCCAAUUGUAUUAAUCUGAUUCUAAUCCCCAGUGCAACUUCCUGUGGUCAUGAGUUCCAUAGGUUACAACUGCUCACAUUUUGAACUUGGCACUCUUUCUGACCAACUCUGCUUAGCAUGUUGUACAAGGCACAGGCUGCUCAAGCCAGCUGGAAUUCCUUCCAUAGGCUGCAGAGAGACUUGUGCAAUUCCCAGUGUGAACGUGUCUUUGUUCAGCUGCGCCUGAUUUAAUAUAUUUGCCGUCAAAAGAUUUUCUUGCGUGCCUGGAUCCUGUGCCUUGUAUGGAAGACUUAUGUUGGCUCCCUUGCAUUGACUCUUGAAGGGGGGUAAGAAUUUCACUCAGUUGGAAACCUGCACUAUACCUAUGUGUUCAAUUGAACUGUUCCAAAAAGACUGGACACAUUAAAAUAUAUAUUUUUAAAUAGAGAAA